AUGUUGUGGUGCCCGAGAGCGGAAUUGUGGUGCCCGAAGCUUUUCCCGAUCAAGAUUGCUAUUGUUCAUUCUUUUUGGUGUCUCUGUCGCGGUGUUGCUUGCCCUUUGCUACCUGCACUACACGUUUUGGACCGCUUUGUUGUCUUCGUGCAAAAGUGGGUCUCUAUUGCCAACCCUCGUUCUUUAGAACGUUUGCUUGAAGCAAAUGCUACGUUGGACCUCAAGGUGCCUGUUCGUCCUCCUCCUGUGGUUGGUGUUGUUGUUACUUGUCUCUCGUCUCGUGCUGAAGGUCUUGAAAUCCUCUCUCGUCACGCUGUCCGUUUUUCGCCUUCCUGUCCUCUUCCUGCUGGUGUUCCUUGCCUCCAUGAAGGUAGCCAAGUUGUCUGUGGCACUUGUGUUGGUUUUGAUCCUUGCGUUUCUCGUGUUGGUGCUGGUGACGAAGUUGUUUCUGUGUCUGCUCGCGGUGUUGGUGUCGCUCCUACUUGCGUUUCUGCUGUUGUUGAAGUUGCUGAUGAAGGUGUUGAAGGUGUUGUUGAUGGUGACAAAGCUCUUGGUGUUGAUCCUGCCGGUGAUGAUCCUGUUCGUGUUCCUGCUGUUGACGUUGUUGGUGUUGUUGUUCCUGGUCCUGCCGAUGUUAUUGCUGAGGAAGAUGGUGUUGUUGCUCCCGCUGCUGUUGGUGAAGAAGCUCGUGACGUUCCUGCUGCUGAUGAUGGCGUUGGUGAUUUCGGUGCUCAGGAUGAGGAUGAGAUGGAGCUACUCUCCCUUCUUUUUCGCUACAUGACUGUAGACGAUCCUUUUGACGAGGACACACAUAUGAGGGAGCCUGCUGACUGGAGAUUUGUGGAGCCUCGUGAUGACAUGGAAGUUGACGACGACCUUUUGUCGGUCAUGUCCGUCCAUUUGGACUCCUCUCCAUUCGUUUAUGAUGAUGACAACGAUGAUCCUAUUGACAUCGAUAUGCCUUCCCCUGUUAUUCCUUCUCAACCCGCAACACCACCUACAUCACCUCCACCAUCACCUACGCCCGUCCCUAUGGAGGUUGACACCACAAUCAUUGCUCCUACCAUCACUACAACCGCUUCUACCACCACCAUCACCAAUACCGUCACCACCACUAUGCCAUCCACUAUGCCUACUCCUAUUCCUGCCACCACCAUCACCAAUACCGCUCCUAUUACUACUCCUUCUACUGCCGCUGUUGCCACUUCUCCUCCUCUUAGCCCUCCACUUAAUCCCGUUAUGUCACUCAUUCAAGCCCGAAUCCAACGCAUCCGCCAAGCAGCCCUUACUCCUACAACACCAUCCAAUUCCGCAACCCCCACAGCUACGGCUACUAUGCCUACCACCAAUGCCGCCAUUCCCACUUCCUCUCAUUCUCGAAUCAAUCCCGAUAUGCCACCACCACCACCUCGACCACGACGCACUAUCCUUACUACGACUCCCACAACAUCAUCAACAUCGACCGCCACUUCCACUCCUUCUUCGUCUCGAAUUGUGCGUCCUGAUAUGCCACCUCCUCCACCACGACCACCACGAGCAACCGCAACACCUUCUUCUUCUUCUUCUUUCCGCCAAUCGUCCUCAUCCUCAUCCUCUAACACCGCCAACUCCUCAACACCUCGUGAAUCCGCCCAACUACAACAACCUGCUACCACCGCCACCACAACCGCAACAUCAACACCAUCCUUAUCAUCCGAUGUGCGUGACGCACAAGAGGCCCUAGGCCUCUUUGAUUGA